AUAACGUUGCGCAUGGUUACGAAGCUAGCAUACAAAAUGGCGUCUCUUUUAAUUGGAUUAUAAUAUUUUCCCUAUUGCGCCAAACAAAAAAUAAAAGCAUGGCAGAGUACCAUGAACCUCCCAAAGAUAUCCAGGAUGCCCAAUAUAAUACAAAGAAACGUCUUAUAGAGAGAAGAAAACUAUUACAAGGGCAAAAUUUGACAUCUGAAAAGGAGGACACAGAAAAAGAGAAGCAUGCUAAACUGAUAGGCCAGUUAAAGGCUGCAGAAGCAAGGAACAGAUUGAGAACAAUAAGACUUCGCUAUCAAGCCAACAAGGCCCAGGAGAUCUCCCAUCUAAUAGCAUGCCAGCCAGUUGCUUUGAAGGCUGUCAGACUACAAGCCCUUGUUCCACCUCAUUCAGAGAUUAAAGAAAAAGGGGACCUUCUAGAUAAAUUUAGUCGCCACAGAGUUGAAGCCCUAUUGAAUGACAUGAAAGGUCUCCUGACAAACAGAGUCAACUGAGAUCUUCUCACUGGUCUUACUAAAUGACUUACUUGUAAGUAAAGUCACGCUGGAGAAGCAACCUACUGGAGCUUACAGCAGCUAUGGUGUUCAUCAAAUAUUUGUGUACAGGCAUAUUUCAUUUCUAUGGAUAUGUGUAUAUAGUCUCUGUACAAAUACAUUUCCACACACGAUUUUUAUAUUAUUUUAUGUUUUUCUUUCUGAAUAUUAUAUUGAGAUUUUGUUUUUCAAUAGCUUAAGUUACAUACAAACAAUAAUGUAACAAUUUUUUUUAUAUAAUUUAUAUUAAAAUAAACAAACAUGACUAAAAAGAAAGCUG